AUGGAAGUUCUUAGGAGUUGUUUGUUGUUGUCAGUAUCAGUGUUAGUGUUCGUGUCAGCACAGUCUCCUCGUUGUCCGCUGACUGCGGACCCUGACCUGUGUGUCGACAAGGGAUCAGCUCUUGACGAAUACUUCUUCGUCAUUAAAGGAAAGACCUGGACUAUUAAAUACGACCUGAAGGAACUCAGCUUCACCUGUCGAGAAGACUUGCAGCUGGAUAGUGAAGGCCUGCCUCGGUUCACGACCCUCACGAUGAUCCCUGUUGUUUCUCUGACGGCCUGUGCACCACCGGCCAUUGGACUCGCAGCCGCGCUUAAGACGCUCAAUGUGACUGUACGCGGGGGACUCGUGCUGGAUACGAUGCCGGCGACACCCACCCUCACCUCCGCCCACCUACAUGGCCUCGAGCUGCGCGCCUUUGAACUAAGCGCACCACCUGCACCCGCCCCGUUCCUUGAACCCGAAGACAAUUUUCUUGAACCGCUAGAAGGUCUUUUAGAUCUGAGGCUUGUCCGUGUAACUCUGACAUUGAGAAACGCACAACGUUUCCCUGUCGGGCUUCGCAAACUUAUAUUAUACCAUGCAAACCUAACCACUCUCCCGGCGGAGGUGUUCGCUCGUCUUCCUGACUUGGUCGAUUUUUUGGUGGUUGACGAAAUGCUUCAGAAGCUGGACGUUAGCAUGGCUCCGGCGCUUCGAAGCGUAUCUGUGGUGGCACCUCUUAAUGGAAUCACUCUUGGCUCGCGCGUAGAUACGGCCACACUAAAAAAGAUACGUAGUGCUGAAAUACGUGGUAACUGUUCGGGGCUUCGUAGCUUAAGUAUUGAGGAACUCAACGUCCCACCGCCAACUGCAUGGCUAGCGGGAUGUGGCGUACGUGAACUACUUCUAAGAACUGUAUCUCCUGGUGCACUGGGUGCCGGUGAGCUGAGAGGGGCUCGUGACCUUCUGCGACUACAGAUACAAGGGUGUGGACUACGAAUAUUACCACCAGAUUGGGUUCCUGACUCGAGUCGCCUGAAAAUACUCGAUCUCUCCGAAAACGAGCUUGAAACAAUUCCAAGUGAAAUUAUCUCCACAUGUCCGCGGUUGUCAGAGAUGAUACUUUCCAAUAAUCUCCUCAAGGCAAGCGUUGUCAAAGCACUGGUAGCAGCACGGCUAACAAAAUUAGUACUGGAUGGCAAUCCACUUGGUGAUUUAUGUAGUGCCGGUGCAGGACUCGUGACAGCCGCUAUGUCGACUUUAUGGGACAGACGGGAGCUCAUAUACUUAUCUCUGCAAAGCACAGGGGUUACUCAUAUAUGUCACGACUGGUGCCGUUUGCCGAAACUCAAACAAAUUAAUUUACGCUACAAUAACAUAUCAAAACUGGAGUUCGAGGAUUUGCAAUGGUUAAGCGCCGUGGUUGUGGAUUUGCGUGGCAACCCAGUGAAGGAUGUGUCAUACUCGCAAGAACAAUAUGAGAAUGUUCUGGUUGCUCCUGUUGCCCGUGACAGUACAUCCGCUGUGAUAAGACUGGAUAGUCACCUACGUUGCGACUGUAAUGAGUACUGGUAUUCCCUGGCACUACGCGCACGACCACAGCACGGACAGGCCUCGGUUCACGCCAUCUGUGAGAACGAGAAAACACUCAUAUCUGUGCCACCAACGGAUUUGCUAUGCGAAGUGCCAGAGCUAUGUCCAGAUCGGUGUAAGUGUAAAGUAGACGGUGAACGAUCGCAUGUAUCGUGUCCGAAUGCUGGAUUGGUAGCAUUACCAACAAUUCCUCUUCUACCACCUCUCUCCUCACUGUCAUUACCAGGAAAUGACAUUACGAUAAUAGACUUCACUAACAUUUCGACCAGCGUUAAAUUACUGAACUUGACUAAUAACCAGAUUAAGCACAUCGACGCUGUGACUGUGGCCACUCUAUUUGCUGAUAACAGAAGGGUAUUACUAGACGGUAAUCCUCUGUCCUGCGAAUGUCGCGAUGUGGCAUUACAACGUGAACUUGCAAGUCGUGCGGAGGCUGGGGAAAUUGGUGACUCUCGGCGACACUGCAGGGACGUUGCUGAAGCUGCUUGUGCCAUGGCACUGUGGGCCCUGCCGGCGUCAAUACUAGUGCUCUCAGCGGCAGUGAUUGCUGCUUGCCUUGUGCGGCCAGCUGCACGUCGCCGUCUGAAGCUAUUCCUAUUUGAGCGUGGGAUGUGCGUACGGUGGGCGCUUGGCGCAGCACCGGAUGCUGUAGCUGAAGCUGCACGUGAAUACGAUGCCUUUGUUUCUUUUUCACAUCACGAUAGUGAGUUCGCAGCUGCAAUAGCGGAGCGGCUGGAACGUGGACCACGCGCACGUCGUUUAUGCCUUCAUGAACGCGACUGGACCCCGGGAGAAUGGAUUCCAGAACAAAUAGCCACAUCUGUGCGGAACAGUCGCCGCACAGUAGCGUUGGUAUCAGAAAGCUUCCUCGCAAGCCAAUGGGCCCGCGCAGAACUAAGGGAGGCAUACACCGCUGCAUUACGCGAGGGUCGCGCCCGUUUACUGGCUGUGUUAUUGCCAGGGAUGGAACCUCCUCGUGCAGCGACUGCACCAGAACUGCGAGCCUACCUCGCUGCCGUAACGUACCUGCGCUGGGAUGAUCCACAUUUCUGGGACAAACUUCUCCUAGCUGUGCCACCCCCACCAAAUCCUUCACCUGCGCCAGCCUCCCCACCCACUCUUAGCUCUCCACCACCUCCGCCUUGA